UUGGUCGGGUCCACGAAUCAUAUUUUCCUUUUCGUUGUGUCCGAUCUGUAAGAGCCCUAUAGAUCACCCAUCACUGGAAGACCUGUUGGCACCGAUUCGUGUUCUGUAUGACGACGUGCGCCGCAAAGCACUUAUGCGUCUCGAGUACGAAGGUCUGCACCGAUGCGAAGCCAUUACCGUAAGCGGCGGUCGUUUCUAUAAAGACGCGGCCAGUUAUGCGAUGGAACGGUACGCGUUAGUGUGCCACAAGUGCAAGAAGGCCUACUACGGUGGCGAAGCCCGAUGUGAUGCCGAACUGGGCGUCGGCGACAACUACGAUCCGACAGAGCUGGUAUGCGGCGGCUGUUCAGACGUAUCGCGCGCACAGAUGUGUCCCAAACACGGAACCGAUUUCUUGGAGUAUAAGUGUCGCUAUUGUUGUUCUGUUGCCGUAUUCUUCUGUUUCGGAACCACACACUUCUGCAAUCAAUGUCCGGCCGGUCCCAGAGGUAAACAACUGGAAGGCGACGAGUGUCCUCUUCAUGUGAAACAUCCGCCAACGGGUGAGGAGUUUGCACUCGGAUGUGGUGUCUAUAGGAAUGCCCAUACGUUUUGA